AUGGGGCGGCGGUUCCACGCGCUGCGGCCGCUGCUGGCGCCGCUGUUGCUGCCGCUGCUGCUGCCGCCGCGGGCGCUUCCCCGGGCGCACUGCCCCGAGCCCUGCAGCUGCCCGCCAGACGGCGCCCUGCGCUGCCCCGGCCCACGGGCCGGCCUCACCCUACUAUCACUCACCUAUCUCCCUAUCAAACUAAUCCCAUCUCAAGCUUUCAGAGGACUUAAUGAGGUGGUAAAAAUUGAAAUCUCUCAGAGUGAUUCUCUGGAAAAGAUAGAAGCUAAUGCCUUUGACAACCUCCUCAAUUUGUCUGAAAUACUGAUCCAGAACACCAAAAACCUGGUGUACAUCGAGCCUGGAGCAUUUAGAAAUCUGCCCCGGUUAAAAUACCUGAGCAUCUGUAACACAGGCAUCCAAGAGCUUCCAGAUGUUACGAAGAUCUUCUCCUCCGAAUUUAAUUUCAUUCUGGAAAUUUGUGAUAACUUACACAUAACCACCAUACCAGGAAAUGCUUUUCAAGGGAUGAAUAACGAAUCCAUAACACUCAAACUAUAUGGAAAUGGGUUUGAAGAAAUACAAAGUCAUGCCUUCAACGGGACGACGCUGAUUUCCCUGGAGCUCAAGGAAAACACACACCUGGAGAAGAUGCACAAUGGAGCCUUCUGGGGGGCCACGGGGCCUAGCAUCUUGGAUAUUUCAUCCACCAAAUUGCAAGCCCUGCCUAGCUAUGGCCUGGAGUCCAUCCAUACACUCAUUGCCACAUCAUCCUAUUCUCUAAAAAAAUUGCCAUCAAGGGAAAAAUUCACCAACCUCCUGGAUGCCACACUGACUUACCCCAGCCACUGCUGUGCUUUUAGAAACUUGCCAACAAAAGAGCAGAAUUUUUCAUUUUCCAUUUUUGAAAACUUUUCCAAACAAUGUGAAAGCACAGCAAGGAGACCAAAUAAUGAAACACUUUAUUCUGCCAUCUUUGCUGAGAGUGAACUGAGUGCCUGGGAUUAUGACUAUGGUUUCUGCUCACCCAAGACACUCCGAUGUGCUCCCGAACCAGAUGCUUUUAAUCCCUGUGAAGAUAUUAUGGGCUAUGACUUCCUCAGGGUUCUGAUUUGGCUUAUUAAUAUCCUAGCCAUCAUGGGAAAUGUGACUGUCCUCGUUGUUCUCCUGACUAGUCGUUAUAAACUAACAGUGCCCCGUUUUCUCAUGUGCAAUCUCUCCUUUGCAGACUUUUGCAUGGGGCUCUAUCUGCUGCUCAUUGCCUCAGUUGAUUCCCAAACCAAAGGACAAUAUUAUAACCAUGCCAUAGAUUGGCAGACAGGGAAUGGGUGUAGUGCAGCUGGCUUUUUCACUGUAUUUUCAAGUGAGCUUUCUGUCUACACACUCACAGUUAUCACACUAGAAAGAUGGCACACUAUAACCUAUGCUAUUCAGCUGGACCAAAAGCUGCGUUUAAGACAUGCCAUUCCUAUUAUGCUUGUAGGAUGGCUCUUUUCUACUCUAGUUGCCAUGUUGCCCCUUGUGGGUGUCAGCAAUUAUAUGAAGGUCAGCAUUUGUCUCCCCAUGGAUGUGGAAACCACUCUCUCACAAGUCUACAUAUUAACCAUCCUGAUACUCAAUGUGGUGGCCUUCAUCAUCAUUUGUGCUUGCUACAUUAAAAUUUAUUUUGCAGUUCAAAAUCCAGAGCUGAUGGCUACCAACAAAGAUAAAAAAAUUGCUAAGAAAAUGGCGGUCCUCAUCUUCACUGAUUUCACCUGCAUGGCACCUAUCUCUUUUUUUGCCAUCUCAGCUGCCUUCAAAGUGCCCCUUAUCACAGUAACCAAUUCUAAAGUUUUACUGGUUCUUUUUUAUCCUGUCAAUUCUUGCGCCAAUCCAUUUCUGUAUGCGAUUUUCACAAAGGCAUUCCAAAGGGAUUUCUUUCUGUUGCUGAGCAAAUUUGGCUGCUGUAAACAUCGGGCUGAACUUUAUAGAAGGAAGGAUUUUUUGGCUUAUACCUCUAACUGCAAAAAUGGCUUCACUGGAUCAAAUAAGCCUUCUCAGUCCACCCUGAAGUUGUCUACAUUGCACUGUCAAUAUACAGCUAUCCCAGACAAGACUUGCUAUAAAGAAUGUUAA